AUGGAGCACCUCGCCCCGCACUGGCAGGGGGCCCUUCCAUCCAUGAGAGCACCGAGGAGCCGUGGAGCCGCGCCCGAGGAGGACCGCCGAGGCCGGGCGGCCGGGCACGCGCCGGGAUGCACGGGUGCUGGGUAUGGCAAUGCCGUCGUCCCCGCCGGCAAUGUCGUCGUCCCCGCCGCUGCGGACGAGCGGAAAGCGGAGAAGGCGAAGAAGCAGGACAGCGUCGAUGCCGCGGCGAGCGAUGUCGGCAGCUGCGUGUCGCUCUCACUCGCCACCGACGAACGGUCCGAGGCGGCGUCGGAGUCGUCGGUCGCGACCAGCUCGGUGGUCGGGCCGGAGCGCUCACCAAGGACGAAACCGGCCAGGAGGCGCCCAGCAUCCGCCGAUCUGGGGUCAGCGCGGCGCGAGCGCGACCGCGACCGCGCCGUCGCGGCCUCCUACGGCGUCCGCUCCCGCAGCGCGCGGGCGUGGGCGUCCCCGCCGCCGAGGCAGGUGCCGCGGGACCGCUCCGUCCGACGUUCGCCCUCGCCGGCAGCGAAGCGGCGGGCGUUGUCUGAGCCCCGCCGCGCCGCCAGCCCAACUCCGUCCGUACAGCGCAAGCCGCCUGUCCCGGCAAGGCCGGCCGGCCGCGUCUCGCCGCGGCGGCGGGCACAAUUUAAAGGCGACAUCCUCCGCCCCGGAUCCCGCGUCCGCGACAUCCUCCACCCUGGAUCGCGGCGCCCGGCUCUCUCCGCGUGGAUGUGUGCCGCCGCGCCGGAGGAGCCCGGCGACGGCGGCUUCGCCUCUAGCAUCCCCCUGUGCUCCACUCCCCCCCGCCCCCUUCCUCCUCCGCCGGUGGGGCAGCGGUGGACACCGGAUCGCGCCGCGUGGGCAACUUAA